AUGCAGGAGCGCCAGAUGGCUGAGCCUCACGCCGCCCAUGGGCGCCCGUCCACGCAGCAGAUCCAGGGGUCAUGCUCGUCCAAGUGGCAGACCUCCGCCGUCGACGCCCGGGGCAGCCGCCAGAGGGAAGAUGGCGAGUCAGAUGUGGAGAGCCAGCUCGAGGAGGACAAGUAUGGGGAGGACUCGCAGGGGGAUUGGGGCUGCGGGGGCAGCUGGUCGCGCACGGAGAGCUGGGGGAAGACCUCGUCCGUCGACGACGGGUGGAACUCCAAGUGGAAACAUGUGGAGCCUAAUGUAGAGGACCACGACGCCGGGUGGUGGCGCACGGAGGGCUGGGAGCACACUUCCGUCGUUGACGAAGGGGGUAGCUACCAUGACAAGUAUGGCGACAGCCCGGCGCAAAGCUGGCGCGACGACCAGAUGUACGAGGCUGAUUGGCGCGACGAUUCGGAUCGCGCUAGCAGCCAUGAUCCGCGCGUACCGUCCGGCCACCCCGCAUCAUGGCAGCAGUGGUCGGGGCACUCCGUCACGUGGGGGACUGAACAGAGCCGCGAGGGCAGCCAGGUCUCGCACUACAACACAUGUUGGGACACCACCGAAGGUCGGGUCCGGCUGCAGGAUAUGUCUUACGACUAUCUCAACGACCUGGCGGAAGAAAUGGCCCCUGGAGCAUACGUGACUUGCGUGUUAGUUGGGAAGUCUUUGCAGGUGUCGAGCAUCAAGACACGGUACGGGACCACGAAGAGCUUGUACAAAGUGUACGUCGUGCAGCCGAAGCUCGAGGGCGAAGCUGUCUCGUCGUCAAUCACAGGUUGGGGGCAGGCGGCCGAGCAGCUGCGCGCCUGCUCGGAGUUCUUCUUUCCUGGAGACGCCGUUGAGGACUGGCGGGCGUAA